AUGAUCGAUAUCAAAAUAAAAAAUAAAAAAGUCAAGAAGGAAAAUGAUCACAAAAACAUCUUUGCAAGAGACACCAGCCCAUUCAAGCUCUCGCCGAUUCCAUUUCCACUGCUUCCAGUCUCGUACCCAUUCCCACUUCUCGAUGCUCCCCAAGCGCUGGCACCACCAGCACCUCCCAUCAGCGAUUUCGGCACCCUCACCCCGACUGCGCCCAAGAGCUUCUGUAAUACGCCCCCAGUGAUCAAUGGCAUCACCACCAUCAAAAAUACUUUUACUCCAGUAUGGAUUAUUGUACGGCUGAAGAUAAACUGGCAAGCCAGAUAUUAUUUAGAUACCUCCGCUAAUUGGAGACUAGAUAAAAUCCUGGAGGUUGAUCCCUCUGGCACGCAGCACCAAAUUCGUAAUGCCUACAAACGCGCUGCUCUCAAAUACCACCCUGACCGCGUGCCAGCCACGUCGCCCGACCGGCCAGCUCGCACGAAGAAAUUCCAACAAAUUAACGAUGCCUACUAUGUUCUCUCGGAUCCACAGCGGCGCCGCGAGUACGACGACGCACGCCGCAGCUCUCACUCUGCCGAGUCCUCGUGGACCAGCGCGCACCCACCACCGGAGUCGGAGUCGUUUGCUUCGGACCAGUUUGGAACUAUGUUCGAAGAGAUGCUGCGCGAGGAACGGAUGGCGGCGGGCGACGAGACGGGGGCGGGCGGAGGAGGAGGAGGGGGAUAUUUCUGGUCUGUGGUGGGCGGGCUGAGCGGAGCGGCGAUUGGAUUCAUCGUUGCGAAUUUCCCCGGAGCGGUGGCGGGCGGAGUGGCGGGCAACCGGCUGGGGGCGGUGCGGGACAAGAAGGGGAAGAGCGUGUAUGAAGUGUUCCAGGAGCUGCCGCAGGAGGACAAGGCGCGCGUGCUGGGGCGGCUGGCGGCGCGUGUUCUGCAGUCUGCUGUGUCGUAG